CACGCCGCCGACGACCACCACGACCACCACGACGAUAGCCACCAUCACCGUUCUCCUCCCUCUCCGGCUGCCUGGCCGCCUUUCCCCUCGUCUCAGCCCUGCAUCGCAUCGAGCCCGUAUCCCGUGGAAGACCUGUGGCCACAUCAGCGCCCCUCCCGCUCUCCCUGUGUACCUCUCACCAAAGCGCCCCGAAUUGUAGCCCCAAUUGCUUGAGCUACAUCCAAAAAAAAAAAACCCCCCACCUUGUCCCUCCAAAAUUUCUUCAAAUUGAUAUCCCCAUUGUGGUCUAGCCGCCCUUUUGCCCUAUAAUCAGCCCUCUGCAGCCAGUUCCAAUCUCUCUGCAGCUCUUUUCCCUGGGUAAAGUCUCACCAACGCAUUGUCGCACAGAGGACGUCGGCCAACCACCCGUCUGCCCUGCUUGGCCGCAUAUCCCGAUCACUACUUUUGUUCGUUUGCGCAGCACCCUUUCGCUCUCUCCAUACGAAGCUCAUCUCCUUCCUUGAGCCUGACCUCUGCUGAAGAACCCAGCUGCUCUUGACGGUUCUACCUCGCGUAGAUCGUCGUCUGGUGCAACAUCCAGCGAGCUACCCUCGCCCAAUUCCCUUCUCCCCGCCUCUCCGCUUGGAAUUUCAUCAUUUCACCUACAAAUCAGAAUGUCUCGUCCAACGCUCAUCAACCUCCCGCCUCCACCCUCGGAGCCUCCUACGCCGUCCGAGAUGGGCCCGGGUACUCCAAACUCAGGCACUACCUCCCUGUCCGGUCUCUCAACCACCGCAAUCAAAGAUGGUCAUCAGGGAAAACUCCGUCCCCAUAGCCAUCGGCCCCGUCGCCGCUCUUCAGAUGCCUCGCAAACCUCCACAGACACCCUGGCUGCAGAACGCGCUGAUCGCAUCUCACGCUUAGCUGGCCUUGAAAGAGUAGCGGCGUCACGAACCCCCGGAGAAGAUCCUCCAAGUGGAGCUCCACCCGGUUACUUCGACCACACAUACGCGCACUUGCUCCUAAAAGAACGUAGCACCGUUGGCAGCGCCAGCGCCACUGGAAGCGUUGGAGGCCGCACAACCUGGGCCAGCGGAAGUGACAUCUUUGAUCAAGACAAGCUAAACGAUGACGACGGCGUCUCCAGCACGGGAGGCCUCAGCGACGAGAACGCCAGCCUCGUCGGGUUUGGCGAAGGCGCAAACAGCACCAUUAGCGGCCCGGUAUCCACAGGUAUCAACAGAGUGUCUGUUGUAAGCCGCCAAUCAUCCGGAGUCGGAGGCAACCGAGCUUCCUCUGGCCAGGCUGCCGCCGCCUAUUCACCCCAACCCGCCGGGAUCCCACUCUCGUCGCCCUCCCCUGCGGGGUCGAACACGCCGCAGGGCCUCGAGUACGAUGCCAUAGACGACGCACGCAUGGUCGACGGGAUAACUUUCGACGAAGACAUCGUUGACACGACAGUCCGGCCACCUCUCCCCGUCAGUAGCGGCAAACCCGAUCGUGGGUGAACCGAGUAAUGCAGUCCACUCCCUCCUCGUUCCCAACGCCCAAGAAUGUGGGGUGCUUUGUUCUAAACUUCGGCCUUUCCAUAGAGACUUCUCU